AUGAGAGAGUCGGCGGCGGUGUAUCGACAGCGCGCACAAGUCCCGCCAACUGUCUUCAGCGGAUUUUCCAGUCGACGCUUUUGCUGCUUCCACACUCCUAAUAAGCAGCAGCAACAGCAGCAGCAACAGCAGCAGCAACAGAAGCAGCAGCAGCAACAGCAGCAGCAACAGCAGCAGCAACAGCAGCAGCAACAGCAGCAGCAGCAGCAGCAGCAGCAACAGCAGCCGCAGCAGCAAUAG